UGACGAGUUAAAAUAGACGUACCGAAAUAAUCCAGCGUUCGACUGCAGUGUUCGUACGAACGCCGGCAAGCAUGCCGUGAAAUAACAUCGCGAGUAUAGGCACACAAAAAUCCUUUAUAGAGAGGUAAUUUUAAAUAAAUGGUUAUACACCCAAGAAAAAUACCAAAGGAAAAAUAAGUAAAAUGUUGGAACGUGACACCGAGGCUGACAUUGGCGAGUACUUUCGCGAAAAUCUUUUGGAGGUACGUAGGGCGGUGGAUGUUUGCGAAUUCCGAAAAUUUGCGGCCGUAAAUACGAACGGAGAACGGGUUGCGUACGUAUUGAAAUAUCCAGAAGCACGUCGCCUACCGCUGGAGUUUCCAGGAGUUGGAGAAAAGAACCACGACAGAGCACUCAAGCUGAAAGAAACCGGAAACAGCCUCUUCGGUCGCGGGAAUUUUCUAAAAGCUUUGAGCAACUACUCAGACGCUGCCAUAGUAGCACCGGAUAGCGAUUUAUCAGUGAUUUUGGCAAAUCGUUCGGCGGUUUUGUACCACCUGGAGCGUUUCGACCUGGCGGUAUCGGAUGCCGAAGAAGCAGUCCGCAUUGGAUACCCGCAGGAGCUCAUGUACAAGCUGGAAGAACGUCGCGCAAGGUGUCUCCUAGCCCUAAAAAAGCACAAUGCGGCCAUGGACGCCUUCAAAAGUACACUAAGGGCGCUUGAUUACGCAAAGAUUUCCGCUGAGAAGAAGCAGAAAAUUGAGUACGACGCGAGGGUAAUGCUGGCCGUCAUGGAGAAGGGAAACCAGUUGAACAGCACCGCCAACUCCCAGAAUUCAACGGCUCCGUCACCUUCUCCGAAAAAAUCCUUACCCAAGCUAUCCGGCAACCAAAAUCCGGAUUAUCCGGCAUUCAGCGACGCCGUUGAUUUCAAGGAUUCCGGCAGCUCGGUUGGAAGAUACGCAGUUGCAAAACGUGAAAUAUUACCCGGCGACGUGCUGGCAGCAGAAAAACCACACUCCGCGGUUCUUCUUCCGGAAUUCAGACUGUCUCAUUGUCACCUUUGCUUCGCGAGAGUAGUUGCUCCAGUACCAGCUUCGUGCAACACCUGCACCAUCAUCAUCUACUGUUCGCCAAAAUGUCGGAAUCGCGAUGUCAAAGCACACGCGUUGGAGUGUCCUCUACUGUUGGCGUUGUACGUGUCUUCUGCCUCCGUCACGUGUUUUUUGGCUCUGAAAUCGGUUGUUCAAAUACCAUUAAACGAACUUCUGAAGAUGAAAGAUUCUUUGAACGCCGAGAUCAAGCCAUAUAAAGGAGAUGAUUACAGGUGUCUGCACGGCCUAGUAACACACGGGGACGAAAGAACGGCUGAUGAUCUCUUUCACCGGGCGUACAUGGCCGGCUGGCUUCUUAGACUUUUAAAACGUAGUUCGUACUUCCCCAAAGAGGUCAAUACUCCGGAUUCUGCUGAUUCACAACUUUCUCCCGAAGAAAUCUUUGUGGGGGGCUUGAUCCUUCACAAUAUUCAAUUACUGCAGUUCAACGCUCACGAGAUUUCAGAAUUGGUAAGACCCAAGGGCGCGAUAACUUUGGACAAGGCGAAGAGUAUUUUCAUCGGUGGAGGUGUCUAUCCGACAGUAGCUCUUUUAAAUCACUCCUGCAAUCCUAGUGUCAUCAGAUACUUCGUUGGAACGACGAUGGUGGUUCGAGCGCUGCGAACUAUACGACCGGGCGAAGAAGUUAGCGAAAAUUACGGUCCAAUUUUCACUACCAUGCCGUUGAGUGAACGGAAGCGGAAGUUGAGAUUACAGUAUUGGUUUGACUGUAGCUGCGAGGCUUGCGCGAAUCAGUGGCCCCUUCUAGAAGGAAUAGAUCCACGAAUACUCAGAUUCAGAUGCGACUCCGGCGAAGCCUGCGGUAACAUUUUACCGGUGUCGACGGAAUCGAAUGAAUUCAUGGUUACCUGCUCGAAGUGUAAAAAAUCGAUGAAUAUAUUGAAGGGAUUAAAAGCUAUCCAAGAUACGGACUCGAUAUUCAAGACUGCCUCUAGGCAACUCGAAAGUGGUGAACACGAGAAGGCGCUGAAGGCAUACUUUGAAAUUUUAAAAUUACUUGAUGAAAACUUAGCGCCUCCUCUCAGAGAUUAUCACUUGUGUCAACAGGGGGUCAGAUUGUGUCUUCUCGCUAUUGGAAAUACGAGUUUCUAUUAAAAAAAUGUGAUAUUUGAAAAAAUUGUUUCCAAAAAACCUGUGCAUUAUAAACUUUACAACAUCGAAAAGCCGAAUUUAACUUUCCGACGGCAGAACUGUUCAGUAGAUCACUGUGUGCUGAGAAAUAAAAUCAAAUAUUGAGAAUAAUAUAAAUUGAAAUUUUUUAUCAAAAACACACAUAUGAUGACUGGAUAAGGUUGCGCCUUAAUACGAUUAAUGAAUGAGGUCGGAACAAAUAAUACCGUAUAGAUUACAGCUUUAUUUUAAAUCCUUAAAUUUGUAAGAGUACAAAAUAAUUAAUACAACAUAAAACAACUGUGGGUUCGUUCACAUUAUAUUCGUGUUAUUUGAAACACGUCAUUCAAUCAACCACUCCGUUGAUUGAAUGUUAUUUUAUAGUCAGUAAUUGCAAUAAAAUAGUUAGAUUCUCAAUAUAUUUGAAACACAGCGCAGAUGUAUGUGAGUUUAGAACUGUUCGUUUGUGUUUUGCAUAAGUCUUAGCCCUAACUUAAAGUUAUGUCAUAAUAUUUGUAUGAUGUGUUUUCCCUUCUUUCUUUUUUUAGUUUCUUUUUGAACAUGUGAUUCAAUUAAUGUACAAAGAAUGCUUUGCUCUUCUUCUUCUUGGGAUUUUUAAGUCCGUCCUUUCUCGAACAUUUAGGACCUAACUGUAAGUAAAUAGAACAAUACUGUAGAAUAGAACGAAGAGAAAUCCAAUCGCGUUUAAAGAAGCUCAGAAUUGACUACAGAUGGGUUCGUUGCACGGACGUUACAACAAAUCGCUGUAGAUAAUAAGAAUAGGUAUUCAAGUAAUUAAAAAGACGUCCAUCACGAUUACAAUGUCAGGCCCAAAUACGCGUCACAAUGUGUUCACAUUAUUUACAAUCAUGAAUCAUCGUAUGCAAGUAUUUACAAUAUCUAUAACUUAUGACCUUUAUCUUAUAGUCACCGUCGCAGUUAUCAGAAUUCUACCUAUUAUUUCGCGCUGUUUUCAUUUAACUAAUCUUAACGUAUCAACGGUGCUCUACGAGGUUCUACUAGUUGGAAUAAUUGAGCGAGAAGGGGAGAAAAAAAAAAAACUUACAAAUGCUGUAAGAACGCGAUAAUAAAUGAAGCGAGUAA